CCUUGCCCAUCAAGGCGGCUUACAUCUCUGUGGCGGUAAAGUCUUGGCUUAUUGUUUGCUAAGGUUUAGUUAUUGGAAUGUAUAAGUAUAACUAGGAUAGUUUCAUCACAAAUUAUUUAUGUAUAUUAUGACUACCGUGGUUUCGUAGUCGUGUUCAUGUUCAUAAAUGAAACUUCCAUCUGAAAGUCGUAUAUUUUAACUCAUAUAUUUAAAGAGAUCUAAAGUUCAGAUUAUUAUUCAGUUAUAUAUAUAUCACAGCAGUUUCUUCCUGUGCCCUUCUCCGAUCAACCUUGACUUUCGGUGGUUAAUUAAGCCGUGGCAGCUAAAGGGUAGGUUUGUGUUGGAUGUCAACAAUCGACUAAGGCGGUCAACAUAUAUUAAGUCUACCUAUAUCUGUCUGUAAAUUUUCCUUCAGUAUAAAGAGCUUCCCAUGAAGGUCAAACGUUCACUUAGCGAGUUUAUAAGCAAAUAAUUAUUUGUGGAUUAAGGCUUGCUGAGGUACGGAUCAUUCAUUUAGAUGGUUCUGGACGGAAUGAAAGCUUUUGCCUAACAGGAUUCCAUAUCAAAUAGUAGUGGAUCAAGUAUGAACCUAAACGCAUCUGACGAUAAAAGAGGGAAAUAUUAGCAAAUUAUAGUGAGAUACCGACCUUAGCUCUUAAGGAUUAUCUCUGCCGGAUGAGAAUUCCAGAAUUUGAUUAUUCGUAAAAAGUAAAGGUGUACUUACAGUCCAUUCUGUUAUGUUGGGUCUCUAAUUUCUGGGUGUUAUCCCUAAAGUUCGUGUUGGAACUGAGCUUAAUUAGGCAUUUUAGGGUUUGUUCAAGAGUGUUUAUGAUGCUAUAAGCUACUAGAAAGUUACCUCUGGGACGCCUAUACUCUGAUGGAUAAGGAUUCAGUGGUUUGAUAUACCCUUCAUAAGGUUUGAGUUUGAGUACCCGAACUAAUUUCGUGGAUCGCCUUUGGAUAAGUUCUUAUGUAUUCUUAUCUUUUUGGAGUCAAGAGGGAAACACUAUAUUCUCUCACUCUAAAUAAGGUCAAAUAAAACUGUUGAUUAAGUAGGAGAUUCUACCGUCAAACUGCCCAGAAAUGCGCUUCAACGUUACUUAUGUUCCUCAUUCCAAUAUCUCAUCCGUUCAAAGUAAUUAUAUAACCGUAGUCGUUAUCAUUCAUAAUUAUUUAGUGUACUAAUUCUGUGAUAAACUAUACGUUUGUUUCUCAUCACUGUCGUUCGUCGUUCCUAAUUAUUGUCAUCGAGUUACAGUGUUUUUGGUAAGUGAUCUCACCUAUGCUCAGCUACUAUAGAUGUUUGUUACACCCACUUCGAGCCGGACGAUCGGCCUAAUAGGCUAGGCUUUAGUUCUUGGUGAUAUUAAAUGAAGUCAUUGAGGAUAGUGAUUAGUUGAGAUUCGCGAUUAUUCAUCAGUAUUUAUGAAGUCGUAAUAUCUCGUCUCUUUACUCAGCUAUAUGUACAAAAAUGUAUGCUAAUCCUGUUACAUUAUAUCUUAGGUUGAUAUACCUUUAUGCUAUAUUAGCUUGGUUUAGUGGUCAGACACGACUUUCAAUCUCUAGAUUGCAGGUUUGAACCUUUUCUGUCUACUAUUUAGGAAUUUUGAUACCUUUCUCAGUCUUCACAAAAAAUAGCAGAAAGCCGAUCAUAGGAACAUUGUUUAGCGAUCACUCAAAACUCAGACCACUUCUAUUUUAUCAGUAAAAGGGCUCCUAAGGUGCCACAAUUUUUUGACCAUACUUAGUUACCAUCAUAUUUUCCCUUUAUCAAGGUCCAGGAAUAUGGUUACUCUCCAUCUGUAGAUUUUUCAUCAAAUGCUAGGACAUCAUUGAUCCGAAAAAUAAUUAGAUUCUGUAUUUUGUGGAUAAACCCGUUGAUAGUAAUUUUUUGAUCCAAAAAUUACACUCCCAUAACUUUUUAAUAUCAAGGCUCCAUAUUUAUUUUCCAAAUUUCCACCACUUAGUUACAUCUAAUGGCUAGUCAGAAUUCCAGUUUGUCACAUCGUCGCACUACCAUGGUUGGAGAUAGUGAACAACAAAUUACAAGUUUCAAUGCUCAUGUGGCUGCGUUCCACACAGAAAAUGACAAUUCUGUCCCUUCGUUUGAUGAAGAAAUAUUUGAUGCUUGUCGCAAUGGGGAUUUGGCUCUUGUAAAAUGUCUACUGGAAAAUGGAGUUAAUGUUAACCUCAAUGAUACUUCAGGUCGCAAGUCGACACCGCUGCACUUUGCUGCUGGAUACGGCCGUCGAGACGUUGUUAGUCUUCUCUUAGAUCACAAUGCAGAUGUUUCUGCUAGAGACGAAGGAGGUUUGAUUCCCUUGCAUAAUGCAUGCUCAUUCGGACACGUUGAUGUGGUGCACCUGUUACUAUCAGCAGGUUCUGACCCAAAUGCUGAGGAUUGCUGGAACUACACACCUCUACAUGAAGCUGCUAUAAAAGGAAAAGUGGAAGUUUGCAUUUUGUUGCUUCAGGCAAAAGCCAAUCCUCACGCUCGAAAUUUAGAUGGGAAAACCCCUGUUGAUUUGGCUGAGGGUUCGGCCCGUUUAGCUUUACUUGGAGAGUAUAGGAAAGAUGAACUACUCGAAGCCGCUCGAAGUGGGAAUGAAGAAAAGCUCAUAAGUCUGUUGACUCCACAAAAUGUAAACUGUCAUGCUGGAGAUGGUCGUAAAUCUACACCAUUACAUUUGGCUGCUGGUUAUAACCGUACAAAAAUUGUGAAAAUUUUGUUAAAAAAUGGAGCUGAUGUUAUCGCUAAAGAUAAAGGUGGUCUCAUUCCUUUGCAUAAUGCUUGUUCCUAUGGUCAUUUGGACGUUUGUGAAUUGUUAAUUAGUGCUGGUUAUGGUUCUGCUCAAGUACAUGCCGCUGAUUUAUGGCAGUAUACACCAUUACAUGAAGCAGCCAGCAAAUCACGUGCAGAAGUAUGUUUUCUACUUUUGGCAUAUGGUGCAAAUCCAACCCAACCAAACUGCCAUGGGAAGUCUGCAUUAGAUUUGGUGCCGAAUAAUGAUCUAAGACAGAGAUUGCUUUUUGAGUAUCGAGGAUAUCUUUUUCUUGAAGCUUGUCAGAGUGCAGACAUCCAUCAAAUUCGAAAAUUGCUCUCUUUACCCACUAGCACCAUGUCAAGCAAUACCUUUUCAAUCGCCCCACCACUAUCAGUCAGUUUAAGUGUUCCUUCUAAUACUUGUUCUUCUAUUCAUGACGGGCAGUGCAUACAUCAGAAAAAUUGUAGUAUUUCUCCAGUAUCGUCCUCAAGUCAACACCAAGAAUCCAUUCUACCUAUGCCUGUUCAAAUUAAUCAGGAUCUCCUUCAUUUCCGACACCCAUUCGUCGGUAACACUGCUCUUCAUUCUGCCUGUUGUGCAACCAACUCAGGAGAGCAAACCAUCACGAGAACAUCUCACCUUAGUUCAGGUUCUUAUCCUGGAUUUCAUUCACCAGAAAACAAACAACUUAUAUCUCACACACAGUACACCAAGGACUUGUUAGUCAAACCAGUCAGUCGUAGUGUUUCACCAGUCUUGGGUAGACAGUUGAUUGAAUGGCUUAUCGAUCAAGGUAUUUCGGUCUCAGAUUGCAAUGUUGAUGGUCAAACUCCUCUCCACUUAGCCGCUCGUUACGGAUAUCUUGAAGCAACUGCUUGUUUGCUACGACGCGGUGCCGAACCAAACGUUGCGGACUGGCAUGGUUUCACACCUUUACACCUGGCUGCUAAAUAUGGACAUUCUCAUAUUAUACAGCUCUUAGUUCAAGGAUUUGGUGCAGACUUAAGUUGUACUACUAUACCAGGAGGCCAUACUGCUGCCUCUUUGGCUUCUACUGAGUGUGUCAGACGUCUUAUUGCAGAAUUAAGUCUUAAUCCAGUGAAUAACACUCUGAGUUCUUCACAAAAAUUAUCCACUGAAAGACAUGUUACUGAUUCAUCAAAUUACAUGCCUUCUUCACCAGACGCAGAGAAAACCCAAAGUACGGUUGCUUGUAGUCAACAAGUUAUUCCAUUUUCUGUUUGUUCUGGGUCACAUUCACUGGACAAUUCGAACAUGUUUCAUGACCCCAAAUACUCUCAGAAACCUACUUCUAACAAUCCUUCGUCUACUAAUCGUAGCACCACUACUACUCUUCCGAUUCCAAGUGCUGAUUAUGUCUCCCCGUCUGGGAGUCACAGCUGGGCGGAUAUAGUACUACAGUUGUUAGAAGCAGCCAAAUCUGGUGAUGUAGAAAUGGUUCGUCGUCUUAUUACAACACAUCAUUAUUCUGUUUGUCCGGAUGGUGCUGCAAAUGAAUUAUGUACCGAGUCGUCAGAGUCGUAUACUGUUACUGCUCCACUGGAUCUAAUCAAUUGUCGUGAUAUCGAUGGUCGACACUCAACACCUCUACACUUUGCCGCUGGAUAUAAUAGAUUAGCUAUCGUAGAAUUACUGUUACAGUACAAAGCUGAUGUUCAUGCUAAAGAUAAAGGUGGUUUAGUACCACUGCAUAAUGCUUGUUCUUAUGGUCAUGCUAAGGUUGCUGAACUCCUUAUUCAACAUGGAGCCAAUGUUAAUGUUACUGACUUGUGGCGUUUCACCCCUCUACACGAGGCUGCAGCCAAGGGAAAGUUCGAGAUUUGUCGAUUAUUGCUCAAACAUGGUGCCGAUCCGUUGAAAAAGAAUCGCGAUGGUCAUACACCUAUAGAUCUGGUUAAAGAUACAGACAGUGAUGUUUAUGAUCUAUUACGCGGAGAUAUUGCCGUUUUAGAAGCAGCUAAGAAAGGAAAUUUAACCAAAAUAAAACGAUUAGUAACUUCAGAAAAUAUCAAUUGUCGUGAUACUCAAGGAAGAAAUUCAACACCUCUUCAUUUAGCUGCUGGCUAUAAUAAUAUUGAAACAUUAGAAUUCUUACUGGAAUCAGGAGCCGAUGUAAACGCCAAAGAUAAAGGUGGUCUAAUCCCAUUACAUAAUGCCAGUUCAUACGGUCAUGUUGAUGUAGCUGCACUUCUUAUUCGCUAUGGAACUUCAGUAAAUGCUGUAGACAAAUGGGGUUAUACACCGUUGCAUGAAGCUGCUCAAAAAGGACGAACUCAGUUAUGUGCUCUUCUGCUAGCUCAUGGAGCAGAUCCAAAAAUAAGAAAUCAAGAAAACCAAACACCUUUCGAACUGGCGACAGCUGAUGACGUUAAAUCUUUGCUAUUGGAUGUAAUGCUUCACACGACUGCAUGUAUUACAACAGUCUCGAAGGAAAAUGUUCUUUCAUCGUCGUUCAGUUCUACUACCUUACCUACAUCUAACUUGGACACAUCCUUACCUCAGCAAACAUCGUUUAGUAACCUGUUACCAUCUAUGUCCAUCGGUCCACGAAUUGAGUGUCAAGGUCGCGAGUCUAAUUUACCGGGACCAAUUGUUCCAUCUGCAAAUAUCUUAAACCCAGCCUCUCCAUCAAAUAUGACUUUGGUUAAGUUGAAUAACCCAAGCUGUUCAGGUAAUGGUAAACUAACGACGGCGAAUUUUCUUAUAUCCCUUGGUUUGGGUCAGUUGGUCGAAUUAUUCGAAAAGGAAUUAGUAACAAUGGAUAUACUUUUAGAAAUGGGUCACGAAGAGUUAAAAGAACUUGGUGUAACUGUUUAUGGACAUCGUCAUAAAAUUAUCAAAGGCGUACAGAAAUGGCGCUCUAAUUGUAUAACACAACAGUCCCCAUUAGAUCCCAGUAAUGAUACUCUCAAGUCUUCUGUACCCUCAUCAAGCACCUCAUACCCCUCCAUUGGUCUACAUUCUACAAGUUCAACAACAACACAGUUUCAUGGUGUUGGUGUAGCUGAAGCCACUCCAACUGGUCCUGCCUAUUUUCCUGCAGCAGCAGCUAAAAACACUGUGAUGAUAGAAAUCGAUUGUACAGAUUCAGAAUUCCUAGCUGUUGAGGAACAGAUUCAGAGCACAAUAAGAGAACAUAAAGAUAAUUGUGGUGGGAUUUACAAACGAUAUCGUAUACUAAAAGUUGCUAGAAUUAGAAAUAAACGUCUUUGGGAUCGUUAUCUGCACCGGUGUGCCGAAAUCGCUGAAGAUAAUUCUGGGCAUUAUAACGAAAGACUUCUAUUUCAUGGAUCCCCAUUUUUGCAGUCUAUCGUUAUGAAAGGGUUUGAUGAACGCUAUGCAUAUAUUGGUGGGAUGUUUGGAGCUGGUAUAUAUUUCGCAGAAAACUCAUCUAAGUCGAACCAGUAUGUAUAUGGAAUUGGUGGAGGAGCCGGCUGCCCAGCUCACAAAUCUCGUUCAUGUUACAUUUGUCCACGUCAGUUGUUAUUAUGUCGCGUUGCUUUAGGACGGUCAUUCAUUCAGUUCAAUGCCAUGAAAGUAGCUCAUGCACCCCCGGGCCACCAUUCAAUUGUUGGUCGACCAAGCGCAGGUGGACUCAAUUUCUCUGAGUAUGUCAUAUACAGAGGUGAACAAGCUUAUCCUGAAUAUCUCAUUACUUAUUUGUUAGUCCCACCUGAUCCAAAUGAUAAUGAAAAUGUGACUGAUCAAAAUCUAUCAAAUCCUCUUACUCAUAAUACAAAUAUUGGACUUCUACCACCCACUAGUAACAGUGGCAUCACUGGUACAUCAUCUAGUGUCGGUGUAGUUAUGAACUCAGUACCAUGUUACACUAUGACUUCAAGCCAAAAAAAUAUUGUAACGAGUACCUGUGAUUCAUCUUGUGUACAAACGCCUGUUCAGUCUCUGAAACUGCCUGUUACAAAUACCUCUACUUCUGGUCCUCUGAUUACAAGUGUGGCGUCAGCUGACAGACAGUUAUCAGAUCCUGCUUCUUCUAUUACAUCUACAACCCUAAUCUCCUCUGCUCCAGGAGGUCCAAGUUGCCAUCCAAUCCCCUAAGAAUGUAAUGUCCAUGGUCACUAUGUUUUCACGUUAUUUUAUACUUUGCAUUCUGUAGUAGAGCCUUUUUAAAUUAGACUACACUUAAACUGUGGUUCAUUUUAUUUCUCGCUAGAUUUAAUUAAUUUUUCUCUGCCUCUUCCCUCUUCUCAAGUAAAUCCUUUAUAUCUUUCACAAACGUAAACACCGUUCUUCUAUUUUGCAAAAGUGAUUUAAACCGGUCGGUUUCUGUACAAAGUAUCUAAUUUAUUUAAUAAUUGACUUACAUAAUUUUGUAUAUUUGCAUGAAACUAAAGAGCUUCAUCUAGUAAUAAAAGUGAUCACAAAUGUGAUAAAGUUAUCUACAGUAAAAUGUUUACCACGCUUUUAUAAUAAAAAUCUAUCUCCCAAUGAUCAUUUGAACGUUUAUCACUAUUAACUAAUAAAACUGUGCACAUUUUUUGUCUUCUAAUUUGAAAGUACGCUUAUCUCCUUCUUCAUUUCAUCUGUCUAAAAUAUCGUCAAGACCAUAACACACAUCUUUAGUAAAUAGGUAAAAAGAAUUCAGUUAGUAAUUUGCUUUGUCAAGAUAUAUAGUCCACUUAAGGACAGAUGGAUGCUGGCUAAAAGUGGAAUCCAAGAUGCGCGUUUCGUCCUAUAUGGGGUUCGGCAGCUGGAUUUACUGCAUCCCUGAGUUGGUGUUCUCUCCUGGACUCCAAUUAAGUUCGUAUAUCUAUGAGCAAUUAUAAUCGAGUGCGUAUACAGUUAUUCCAAUUACUUUCCCUAUAGACAUUUAGUAUGCAAGAAAAACUCAUACUUCUCACUUUUAAGCACAGUAUUAAGAAAUAAUAGAAGCAAAUUAAAUUCAACACAUAAAAGAUUAUAUUAAGUUCAUUUUACUAAAAAGAAGAAACUAUUAAGCAUAGUCUUUUUUAAUUCAUCAGUUCCAAAAAAUAUAUAUUAUGAUCUUCAUAUCUGUGAUAAAUUCUAACUAGCUGUCGUCUAUUAUUUUGUUGAUCCACAUACGCACUUCACUCACUGUAGCAGUUAGGUUAUCUUCGAAAUUCUAUUUGUGUUGAAAUUUUUUUAAAUCAAAUAAAAAUUUCAG